AUGUCAGAGAUCCUACGCUGGAGACAGACCAAGGCCUUGCAUGUGAAGAACGGGUGCAGAGUUUCUCCAGAAGAUCUGAAGAGACUAUUUCCUUCCCCAAUGAACUGGCAACAACAGCAAGGGCAAGCAAAGCAGUGGCAAGUGGUGCGGAGUGGGCUUGCUCAAAGCCAAACUCCAGUUGCACUUGCUGUUGCGCUGACGUUGCUCAGCUUUCCUGGCCGACACCACUCACCUGGAAAGGCAGCAGAUGUAGAAGAGACAGCUGGGGAUUUCCAGGAGUUCUCUUUGGUAAUAGUCAAGAUUGAAGAUGCUGAAGAAAACUUUGGAGAUGGACCACAGAGGCAGGAGGAAAGCCACGCAGCAGGAAGUGAUCAGAGGAGUGAGGAGGAUGAAGAACUGCAUCAUGUAUCACCAGAUGACAUCAAGAAAGAAGAUGUGAAAAGAAACGUCAGGAUUCAAAGCAGGUCUCAGAGGCAGAAACUCAGACGCAGGUUGAAGAAGACAGAUAAAUCAGUUCCUUGGCAGAGAAUGAAUUUCCAAGAAGUAAUUCACAGCUUGGAGGAAACUUACAAGUGCUUGAAGUGUGGAAAGAACUUCUCAGAUCAAACCCAAUAUAAUAUACAUUUUUCAAAGCACGGUAUUAUGACGGCUUGUAAAUGCUUUUGGUGUGGAAAGCACUUCAGAUACAAAUCAAAACUCUUUGUGCACCAAAGGAUCCACAGAGCGGAGAAACGUUUUGAAUGCUCGGAGCUUGAAAAGAAAUUCAGUCAUAGUUCCCUUCUUAAACAGUAUCAUAGAACCCACUCAGAGGAAGAGCCUUUUGAAUGCUCAGAGUGUGGGAAGAGAUUCAGACAAAAUGAUAGAUUCAGUCAGAGUGGCAAUUUUCAAAUACAUCUAAGAUCCCACACAGGGGAGAAACCUUUUGAAUGCUCAGAGUGCGGGAGGAGAUUCAGUCAUAGCGGCAAUCUUCAAACGCAUCUAAGAACCCACACAGGGGAGAAACCUUUUCAAUGCUCAGAGUGUGGGAAGAGAUUCAGUCAAAAUGGUGCUCUUCAAGAGCAUCAAAGAACCCACACAGGGGAGAAGCCUUUUGAAUGCUCAGAGUGUGGGAAGAGAUUCAGAGUCAGUAGCAGUCUUCAAAGUCACCUAAGAACCCACACAGGGGAAAAGCCUUUUGAAUGCUCAGUGUGUGGGAAGAGAUUCAGGGUCAGUAGCAGCCUUCAAAGUCACCUUAGAAUCCACACAGGGGAGAAGCCUUUUGAAUGCUCAGAGUGUGGGAAGAGAUUCAGACAAAAUGGUGCACUUCAAAACCAUCGAAGCACCCACACGGGGGAAAAAACUUUUGAAUGCUUGGAGUGUGGAAAGAGAUUCCAUCAAAAUAUCAGUUAUCAGCAGCAUCCAGAAACCCACACAGGAGAGAAGCCUUUUGAAUGCUCAGAGUGUUGGAAAAGAUUCAGUCACAGUAGCAGUCCUCAAAGUCAUCGACGAACCUACACAAAAGAGAAGGCUUUUGAAUGCUCGGAGUGUGGGAAGAAAUUCAGUCAGAGUGGCAAUCUUCAAAGUCAUCUACGAACCCACACAGGGGAGAAACCUUUUGAAUGCUCAGAGUGCGGGAAGAGAUUCAGUCAUAGCGGCAAUCUUCAAACUCAUCUAAGAACCCACACAGGGGAGAAACCUUUCCAAUGCUCAGAGUGUGGGAAGAGAUUCAGUCAAAAUGGUGCUCUUCAACAGCAUCAAAGAACGCACACAAAGGACAAGCCUUUUGAAUGCUCAGAGUGUGGGAAGAGAUUCAGAGUCAGUAGCAGUCUUCAAAGUCACCUAAGAACCCACACAGGGGAAAAGCCUUUUGAAUGCUCAGAGUGCGGGAAGAGAUUCAGGAUAAGUAGCCAUCUUCAAAAUCACCUUAGAACCCACACAGGGGAGAGGCCUUUUGAAUGCUCGGAGUGUGGGAAAAGAUUCAGUCAGAGUGGCAAUCUUCAAAUUCAUCUACGAACCCACACAGGGGAGAAGCCUUUUGAAUGCUCAGUGUGUGGGAAGAGAUUCCAUGAGAGUCAGAGUCUUCAAAGUCAUCUACGAACCCACACAGGGGAGAAGCCUUUUGAAUGCUCAGAGUGUGGGAAGAGAUUCACUCACAGGAGCAAUCUUCUAAAACAUCAAAGAAGCCACACAGGGGAGAAGCCUUUUGAAUGCUCAGAGUGUGGGAAGAGAUUCACUCACAGGAGCAAUCUUCUAAAACAUCAAAGAAGCCACACAGGGGAGAAACCUUUUGAAUGCUCAGAGUGUGGGAAGAGAUUCACUCACAGGAGCAAUCUUCUAAAACAUCAAAGAAGCCACACAAGGGAGAAGCCUUUUGAAUGCUGAGAGUGUGGGAAGAGAUUCAGUUGGAAUAGCCAUCUUCAAAAUCACCUAAGAACCCACACAGGGGAGAAGCUUUUUGAAUGUUCAAAGUGUGGGAAAGGUUUCAGCUGCAGUGGUUAUCUUCAAAAGCAUCAAAUAACCCACACUGGGGAAAUGAUUUUUCAAUGCUCAAAGUGUGAGAAGAGAUUCAGUCAGAUUGGCAGUCUUCAAAGUCAUUUACAGACCCAUACAGAAGAGAAGCCUUUUGAAUGCUGAGAAUGUGGGGAGCAUUUCAGUCACAGUAGCACUCUUCAGAAGCUUCAAGAAGUUCACAUAGGACAAAAAGUUACAGAAUAGAGAGAGAGAUUCUGUCAGGCUGGCUGUCUUCAACAACAUCUAAGAACUCACAGAAGGGAAAAUCAUGUCACUUCUUAGUCUAAGGGUGUUGAACUAAUUUUUUUAUAACGAUCUGACAGAAAUGUCACUUCAUUGGGGCAGGCCACAUGUGUAAUACCAGGUAUCAGAUAUAUAAGCUUUAGAAAGAACAUAGGCCAACCCAAUCAACAAUUUUAUUUUUACUCACUAUACAAACAUUCUUUUUUUUUAUAAUUUUUUAUUAAGAACAUUUUUAUAAAACAUAGCAACAAACCAGUGUAAAAAAAAGAAAACCAUACAAAACAGUAGUCAUGAAUAAGUGUUAUACAUACAUCACCAGACUUAUCAGAGGGACACUUCAUACCAGUACAUAAAUGACAAUACACCAGCCACCAUUGAGAUAGGGGAAGAGCAAACUGAAAUUAAUAAAUCGAAAAAUUCAUAUAUUUUUCCGGGAUUUUACCAAAUGCAGUGUUUUUAUUGUUAACAUAUUCAAGAAAGCAGAACCAUCUUUCUAAGAACCAGUCUCCCGCUUUUGCAUUAUCGAGUAAGGAAAUACAGGUAGCUAAUUUAUCAUGAAUUAAUAUGUCCCAUACUUUAUUACUCCAACUUUGAAACGUAGGACUUUUAUUUUGUUUCCAACAACUGGCAAUAACGAUCUUUCCAGCCAAGAUCAAUAAAGCCACUAAUUCUUGUUUUAGAGAUGAGAGCUCCGAAUCAGGCCAUAAGUUCAACAAUACCACCUCGGGUGUCAAUGGAACAAUGCUCCCAACUAUUUCUGAUAUUUUUCCCAAAAUGUUUUCCCAAAAAGCCUUAAUCAUCAGCCAUUCCCACCAGCAAUGGAGGAAAGUACCAGUCUGCCCACAGCCUAUCCAACAGUUGGGAUCAACCUUCGCUCUACCCUUAAACACUUUGAAAGGAGUCAUGUACCACCUAGCAAAUAUUUUAUAAUUCUGUAGACGAAAAUAGAGUGAUUUAGACUUAAAUAAAGACGAAGUCCAAAA